GCCCUCGGGCUAUCGGCAACGGGACCGACCUUGGUCAACAGAGGCAAACGCUAGGCCCGACUCGAUGUGCCUGGCACCACGCAAAUGUCGCUCGUGUGUCGCAUUGCAUUCUCUUGCCUGGCAGCAAACGCCACAGCUGCCAGGCAGAAUGGGCACACGCUAAUGAUAAGAGCUCCAGGUCUCGCAUGGCCAAUACGGGGACACUACUGACGCGCCGAAACCAACACUUGUCAUGGUCCGACUCCGGCGCGCGCGAAAACCUCUACGACACCCACGACGCAUCUGCUUCUUCCAAGCAACACAGCAACACUAAGACAACGACUCUCCACGACCUAGAGGGCUGGGAAGCGACAGUCGAUUUAAACCUCUCGCAAUUUGGUCCGCUCAACACAACUAACGGCCCCCAUUAUGCAUGCGAUACGCAUCCAAUGAAGAAAACAGCACACGGACACACCCUGCGUUGCCCCGCACAAGCAGUCAACACGUGGGACAAUCCGGGCCGAGCUCUCGAACACUUGCACUGGCCUCAAACCACCUCGCUCUCACAACUUCACACAAACCAUUUACUCAAUCAAAGACACCACACAAUGGGCAGUAGCCCAAGCCGCGUGCUUGGAACGAGCGUUCCAAGCGAAACCAUAGAACAAGUUCUUAACGAGGGCUACGAUAAAGACCCUCACACGCGCAUUCUGAUCAACUCACACCCUAUUGACGCCAAUAUAGCGGCUGUGAUCAAGGCCGGAGCUGGCGCACUCGAUGAGGACCUAACCAUGCCUGCGGAGGCGGAGGAGGGCCUCUUUGCAGGCGCGCGAUUCCUCAAUAGCGAUAACGGGGAGGCUACCAACCAGCACUACAAACCGCUAAGCGACGGCCUGGGCGCCAUGUUGCUCUGCGUCGGGGGAUGCCCCACACGCCUCCUUCGCGCCAGUGGGCCCAACGCAAAGGCUGAGCACACCUGGAACAUCCACCUGAGUGCGGCUGGACCGACCGCUCCUGGACGUGGCCGCGGCCGAGAAGCGGCCGCUGGCCGCAGCCCAGACCUGCAAGCACUGAGCGGAUCACUGGGCCGGGAGCUAAAGCAGCGGGGCGCCAUUGACGUUCAGGUCACAGUGGGCACCCCUAAGGAGGAGGCUGGAGGGCACAGCGUCACCAUCACGGCCUAUGGACGCGACCGCACGCUAGCCGCAGCCGUCCUGCAACUGGUCGGCUCCCGCCCGGCCAGCCUGUUCCACCAGGACAACCCACUGCACGGCGCCGUGCUCAACUUCCGCGCGCUGCACGGCAACACCAUCACGGACGGUGACACACAGGUGCUUGUGGUCAUGCGGGAGGUGGAGGGCGCGGAGGCGGACUACCAAACCGUGAACAUGCUGAAGCGUGCGGGAGAGGCCACCGUGCGCAAGCUCCUUAGCAGCGCCCAGACCCUUGGCGACCUGCGGCGCCGCCUGCUCAACUACCACGGCAGCAUCCUCUGGAGCAUACUCAGCUGCAGCGUGCGCGCCUAUGGCAAAAGCGCGGCAGAGCAACAGAACCUGCGGCAAGGGCACUGCCCCGCGCCGCUGUUCAAGUACGUGGUGGCCCUCAACUUCAACACCGGCCACCAGGCCAAAGUGCUGCAGCUGGCCCGCCACAUCAUGCUCGGCGUGCGCAGCGAGACCACUGUCCUGAUGUCUGCGCUGCCCUUCCCGCCCCCUGCUGCUGAGCUAAGGGCCGAGGACACCCACAUCGUCCUCCUGCGCAACGAGACCUUCGCAGCUGCCGUCCGCCCCUCGGAGCUGCUACAGGUGCUCCAGGCACUGCGCACCAGGGCAGCUGAGCAGGACUCCGCCUGCCAGGCAUUCGCGCGGGAGAUCCUCCAGAAACCGGAGCUCCUGCUAGUCUCCCCCAGCGACGACCCCGACGCCGGUGUCCAGCUACAGGAGGAAGAGGACGACUGUGGCUUCACGCCCUCAAACCGCAGCAGCUCGCGCACUGCGCCGGCGCCCCAGGCGCACCCCCGCUCCCGCAUCGCGCCCGGCCUCCAGGAGGCUCACACCCGCGCGAAGCAGGCUGACGGCGGCUGCACCGGCCGCCGCGCACUCGUCCUCAACAGCAGCCGCGAUGAGUUCAUUACACUCCUCGGACCGGAGGCCGCCAGCCCCAGCAGCGUCAUCACGGGCGCCCACUGGUGCUCCCGUAGGACGGGGCAGCUCUGCCCCGUGUCCCUCCACCUGGCGCGCUACGGGCAGGGCGGCAUCACCUUCAAGGCCCCAGACGACAGCGCCGACCUGGCGCUGGUCUGCGCAUCACCCUACGACACAGCCAGCAUCUGCGCGGCAGCCUGGACCGACUCCUGCUUCAACCCCGCGGAGUACGCCUCCAACCAGCCCUCCGGCCUCUACCUUAAGGGACCGAACGGCACCAUGACUCUGACGCUGGCCGGCAUCAUGCACCACAGCCUGGGCGGGCGGUACGUGCACACCAGCUACGACAGCCACGGCGGCGGCAGCAGCAGCAGCGCCACCACCGACCACCUGCUACAAAAGCCCACCACCACCGUCGUCGUCGCCCGCAACCUCCUGGCCGGCGAGCACUACCUCACCGGCGCGGAGCAGGCGUACAACCUCGACACGUUCAGCUUCGCCUACCAGAAGCAGACCGGCCUCAUGCUCUACCACCCGCCGACCGCACUGGCACUGAAGCCCACGCGUAGGAUGGGCUCGCCGGGCUUCCAAGCCCGCCACACCGGACGCCCGGGCCGCACACUGCUGACCCUGCCCACUGCCGAAGAUGCCAGAGGCGCUGCUGACGGCGCCGCUGGCGGCGCCGCUAACGGCGCCGCUGGCGGCGGCGCCGCCGCCGCCGGCGGCGUCACCACGGGCAUUGUCCCACCCGUGGGCACCACGCAGCGAUCGCUCUCGCUCGCGCUCCAGCAGGCGUCAGCAUACAGCGCGUCAUGUCCCCAUGCAGCGGCGCCUCAUGCCCAACUCGCCUGGCCGGCAUCAGCCUUUCAUACCAGUCUCAGCUCACCAUAUACAGCAGCCAGCCAGCCUUCGCGUCAGCCCGGCCGCAGCUAGGCAGCCACCCUGGUUUGUUUUCUGCGCCGGCCUCAACGUUUUGACAACCACCAUGCCGCACCCUCCUUUCUGCCGUUCUCUUUCCUCUUGUCCUCGCAUGUACAUACUACUCCUGGCUCAUUGCGGAUGCCUGGCUGUGUUCCAGGUGGGUCUCUUGGGGUUCGCGUUAUCGCAGCGCAUCGCAGCCUUCGCUUGGUAGUCUGCGGCCAGUCUACGCCAGCCCAGCCUCUGACAGCCGUAUACACCAGCUGAGAGUCACAAGCUUUAGGACGCCGGAGUGGUGCAGCUUGGCGCGCGGUUAUCUCGUCAAAGGUAAUGUAGCAGUUGCGGUCGCUGCUCAUGCUCACGCUUUUCUUUUUGCUUGUGCUAGCUCACUGGCCUCGGCUCUACAACGUCAUGUUCGCUUGUGCGUGUUGCGUAUUUUCAAGCAUGUCAAUGUAUGUUUAUGAAUAGCUGAU